AUGAUCAAGUUCAUUAUUUUCUCCGCAAUCCUUAUCGGAGCCAUUCUCGGAGCACCAUUGGCUUCUGACGAUGACAUUGACAAUGUCCACGAUUGCUCCGUCCGUGACAAAUUUUUCAGAUUGUACAGCACCGGGAAAAACUGCAGCAAAGGAAUGAGUCGUUAUCAUCAGUGUCAUCAGGACACAUCCUCGACUCGUUGUAACUACUACCUGAAGCAGUGCGAUGAGUACAUGUUCUGCCAACGGAAUGGUGAAUGCGAGAUUGAAUACCAAGGUGGUGUUAAGACCAGCGUUUGUCCAGGAGUGGAAAUCAACGAGUUUGACUUCAAGGAGUGUCUCGUGAAGCUGCUCGCCAACAAAGUGAGAUCGGAAUGCCUUGUCAGCUGGGAUCCAUUCAUGCAAAGAUCAGGAGGUGAUGUAUGCGGUGCGUUCUUCGGAAGUGCAGCGUGUAUGAAGAAGGAGAUCACCGAGACUUGUGGAGAAGCCGACUGGAGAAUGGUUCGAAAAUACGUCGCUCGUCGCACGCCGGAGAUCAGAAACUGCGUAUCUUACAGGCUUCAGUAG